UGCCGCCGGUGUGUGUGUGUGCGGUGGCGUCAAUAUGCGACUCUCGAGAUCGUAAAUCUGCAGUCAACCGUUGAAAAGUGUGGGCAUCGAUUUUCGUAGAGAAGUCGCGGGCGAGCCAAACAGCCGACAUCGGCGCGGCUAUUGAUUGCGAAAUUGUUCAUGUGAAGAAGAAAAAUACCGCUCGCGUCCUCCGGCGUGUGCAGGAGCUGGCCAAGAGUGGCCAGGUGGACACGACGGUGCUGGGUGAAGAAGUGCGCGCUCUCGAGAGCGCCUCUGACCAUCUGUGGCGCGGUCAUUUGAAUCGCCGCGAGUGGAGUGCAGAGAGAUGUGAUUUGGCAGAGGAGGAGGUGUCGCUCCGGUGAAUGUGUGGUGACAAAGCGCUGCCCAAGUGAUCACCUGCAGCACUCCCGAGAGUCGGAGUAGACUGAAAACUGUGUGUUGCAUUCACUGCAGCGCCUCUGGGUCGACCAGUUUGCUUCAGCUGAUAGAGAUCUUCAGCGCGGCGAGCCCGCGUGGGAAAUUGACGCGAGGUGACGAGCACAAGGAGACAGAGUGACGACUCGCCAUUUAGCACAUUGUAGCACAAGUUGCAUCUGCCAGGGAGAGUAUGUGAUUAAGUGGUGCUCGAGACAGUCGCUGUUCUUGUCGGAUCGCCCAUAGAUCACAUGAUGGAGUGCGCUGAGAGUAAUGUGUGAGCGGCGAUUACUAAAUUGUCGGUUAUGGCUGUGCAACAACGAAUUACUGUUGACAACGAAAUAAGUGGCAGUCCAUCAGUGGGACGACAUCCGAUUGUUCUCCUUAUCUGUGUCAUCCUGUGCGUCCCAAUUGCCGCCACCAGCACCACCAUGGCCACUCCAUCAUCCACCAAGCACGGCAUCCGGGAGUCCGUGGUCAUACCCGCGUCUGAUCCCGAGCGCGAAGCCAAGGAGCUGUACGACAAGGCGCUGCAGCAGUUCGAGGUGGCCACGGGCAAGACGCUGCGGGCCAUCUGCGCCGCGUGGGAGGCCAGAGGCUGCCAGUGCUCGGGGAGUGCCGAGGAGGUGGUGCUCGUGUGCAAGGGUCUGGAGCUCGUUGAAGUGCCUGUCGAUUUGCCAAUUGAACUGAUCAAACUUGAUCUUGGAACAAACAAUAUUACCAAUUUACCUAGUAGAGCUUUUGAUAUGGCGUCAUCUUUAGAGGAAUUAAUUUUAUCAGAUAACACCUUAGCGAGGAUAGCUCCAGAUGCCUUUGAUGGAUUGGGCAAAUUGAAACGAUUAGUCCUUCACAAUUGCGGUCUCACGCACGUUCCCGACGAGGCGCUCAAGCAACUGCCAUCGUUGACGUCAUUGCAGAUAGAUGGGAAUGCCAUAAUGUAUCUGGACAGUGUCAACUUGCGACAUCUUCAGCAAUUGCGGAGUUUGCGAUUAGAGGGGAAUAUGAUACAAAAAGUUCCCACCGAAACUUUAGCUGGUCUUCCAUCUCUUGAGGCACUGAACUUGGGCAACAAUCAUCUGGUGAGCAUCGAGGAGGAUGACUUUCCCGUGAUGAAUAAUUUAAUAGUUCUUUUGCUGAAGAGGAAUCAAAUCAGUGAGAUUAAGGCAGGUGCUUUUGGCAAUUUGUCCAAAUUGCGAGUACUCGAAUUGGACGACAACCUGAUAACUUCUGUUUCAUUUGGAUUGGAAAAUAUGACACAAUUGCAAGAAUUUUCGGCGUCCAAUAACCGAAUUCGAUGGCUAUCGAAGCACGAUUUACCGAGGAGUCUUACGGCGCUUGAUUUACGAGCCAAUCCAUUGUCAGGAAUUAAACCGGGUGCCAUAAAUAACAUGCCAAGGUUGAGGAAAUUAGUGCUGUCGGACGCCAGGAGCUUGCUGGAGCUGCCGUCUCUGGAUGGGUGUGGUGCCCUGGAGAUUUUGCGUGUGGACAGGGCCAGCCUGUCCAAGGUCCCCUCCAACCUCUGCAAGACCUGCCCCCGCCUCAAGAGCCUAGAAUUGAAGUCCAACAAGCUGAGGGUGGUGCCCGAGUUGUCCGGCUGUCGGGAGUUGCGUGUCCUGGACUUGGCGGGCAAUCACAUCUCAUCCCUGCACGGGGCGCCGUUCCAGGGCCUCGGACAGCUGCACGACCUCCUGCUGUCGGACAAUGAGAUCCAGGAAAUUCCCCGCACAGCCUUCGCCGGCACGGCCAAAUUGCAAGUGCUGGACUUGGAGGGCAAUAAAAUCCACACCAUUGAUGCUGAUGCCUUUGCGGAGUUCGGCCAACUGGAAGAUCUCAAUUUGGGCAAUAAUGUGUUCCCCCACUUGCCGGCAACAGGUCUCAAUCGACUGCUCCACCUCAAGACGUUCAACAACCCCAAGCUGAGGGAGUUUCCACCGCCCGAGACCUUCCCUCGCAUUCAGACCCUCGUCCUCUCCUACGCCUAUCACUGCUGCUCCUUUCUGCCCCUGCAGACCCUGGCGCACCGCAACAAGGUGCCACCGCUGCAGGAGGCUGUCCUCUUCCCCUCAGACAAUGAGUUCGACAUGAGUCUGUGGAACAACAGUCUCUCAGACAUCUGGCCGCAGCUCCACAAUCUCAGCAAGAAGUUCGGACCGCAAAUCAAUGAGCUGUGGGACUCCUUCGGUUCGGACUUCACCUAUCCGGGCAAUUUGCCCGCCUAUGUUGAGGAGUACUUCGAGGAGGACAAUGUGGCGCCCACGAGGAACUUCGCGCCAGAAAUAAUGACAGGUGCCAUCCAGUGUCUCCCACUGCCCGGUCCCUUCCUGCCCUGCGCCGACCUCUUCGACUGGUGGACUCUCCGCUGUGGCGUGUGGGUGGUGUUCCUCCUGGCCAUGCUGGGCAACGGCACGGUGGUGUUUGUGCUGAUCUUCUCGCGCUCGAAGAUGGAUGUGCCGAGGUUUCUGGUGUGCAAUUUGGCCGCCGCAGACUUCUUCAUGGGCGUUUAUCUGGGAAUUCUGGCCGUUGUGGAUGCCUCCACGCUGGGAGAGUUCAGGAUGUUCGCCAUUCCGUGGCAAAUGAGUGCCGGAUGUCAGUUGGCAGGAUUUCUGGCGGUUCUCUCCUCCGAACUCUCCGUCUACACUCUUGCUGUGAUCACGCUGGAGCGCAAUUACGCCAUCACGCACGCCAUGCAUCUCAAUAAGCGCCUGUCUCUGCGCCACGCGGGCUACAUCAUGACCUUCGGGUGGGCCUUCGCACUCACCAUGGCCGUCCUGCCGCUCUUCGGGGUCUCAGACUACAGGAAGUUCGCCGUUUGCCUGCCCUUCGAGACCACAAACAGCACGGCGAGUCUGGCCUACGUGGUCUUCCUCAUGCUCAUCAACGGCAUCGCAUUUCUCAUCCUCAUGGGAUGCUAUCUGAAGAUGUACUGCGCCAUCCGUGGCUCUCAGGCGUGGAACAGCAAUGACUCCCGAAUAGCCAAGAGAAUGGCUCUCCUGGUCUUCACGGACUUCCUCUGCUGGUCUCCCAUCGCCUUCUUCUCCCUCACGGCCGCCUUCGGACUGCACCUCAUCUCGCUAGAGCAGGCAAAGGUGUUCACGGUAUUUGUCCUGCCACUCAACUCCUGCUGCAAUCCCUUCCUCUACGCCAUCCUCACGAAGCAGUUCAAGAAGGAUUGCGUGCUCAUCUGCAAAGCCAUCGAGGAGUCUCGCGUGACCAGAGGAAUUGGACGCUGUCGCCACAGUUCCAACUUCAGCAACCGCCAGACGCCGGCCAACACCAACUCUCUGGUGGAGAGAUCCUCGAAGGAGCUGCCACCGCUGCUCCCUGGGCCUCAGUGUGGCUGCGCGAAGUUGCUGGAGCAGCAGGUGGCCAGGAAGCGCUCCAAUCACCACCAGGAGAGCACGUUCUCGAAGAUGUGGCGCCAGUUCCUCUGCAACAAGCGUCCGCCAGAGAGUCGUCGCAGCCAGUCUGACCAGUACGCGUACCAGAUCGCCGAGAUACAGCAGAAGCAGCAUCACAAGAGGGCAGGAUCGAUGUCCUCCAGCGAGAACUUCAGCUCCUCGCGCUCCGACUCGUGGCGACACGGACCGCCGCAUCACCACUGCGGCAUUCCGCUGAGGAUCCUGGACACCAGGCGACGGCACUCCUCGUGGCUGGUGACCAGGAAGACGUCGCAGGACUCCAACUUGUCCAGCUCGCGCAACGACUCCUCUACGUCCGCCACCACUGCGAGCACCUCCACAUUCCGCAUGUCCAGAUCCAGCGCCGGAAGCUCCACUCCGAUGCCGCCACUGAAUACGCCCAGAAACAGUAUUCCGGGAGCGAAGCCUCGGCUGGUGCGGCAAUCCGCCGUGCAGGAGGAACUCUCGGCGGAUCUGUCGGCGUCGCCGCCGCGCCUCGGCGUCCGCUUCCUGCCCACAAUCCCGUCGGCGGCGGACAGCAGCGUGCAGCUGGACGAGGAGUCGCAACAGGCCAUCUGCGACUCCACGGGCAUUGCGUUCUACACCAUCCUGCAGAGUGGCAGCCCGUUGGCCACGCUGUCCAGUCCCAAAGACAAGAACCGGCCGCCCUGAGGCUUCCGCAAGGCCAGAAGCUUCUACAUCUAAAGACAGUUCCCUGUAAAAACUCACUAUACAAUUAAGUAGUGUAAUGUUAACUGUAGAUUUAUUGACUGCCAUUAAAGUAAGUGAUAAGAUUUUUGAUAUAAGUUCCACUUUCGUGAUAUACAAUACAUAGAUCUUUCUUCUCGAAUCUCAUAAAGAGUUGCUGUAUAAACAUUUCUAUAUAAAGAAAAAAGAAAAUCUCUCUCUCUUAACACAUGUGGCAUAACUUAAUAGCAGAAUGAUGCUGUUGUAAAUGAAAGCAAGAAGAGUGAUGAAAAAAGUUGUAAAGAAAAUCAUAAAAUGACAAAUUGUUCAAAACCAAUGCCAAACUUUAUGUAGUAAAAUUAUCAAAAUACUGCAAUAUAUAGUAUACACACCACUGAAAGGAUAUUCAAGUUAUGAAUAAUUAUGUACAAUAUACUUAAUUGUGUACAUCCAUUUGAAUUGUAUUAAUGGUAUAUCACCGUCCAUGGACAAUAACCGCAAAAUUAUACCUAUUUUAAAAGGAAAACAUUAUCUAUAUGCACUCCAGUGUAUUCAAGAAACAUGGAGGGAUAAAGUAAAUUAUUAUGAA